AUGUGUAAAGGUCAGGGGUCAGAGUUGGGGGUAAAUCCUACCCCCCUUCUUCCCAGGUGUAAGAUUAACGAGGAAGUGACCCACAAGGCGUGGAUGAACCGCUCCAACAUCCUGUUUGCUGGAACAGACAAGUGGUCUCUGGACAAGCGUGUGACGCUGCUGAACAGCAACAGCAGCGACUUCUCCAUCCAGGUGGAGAAGGUGGCGGUGGCCGACGAAGGGAUCUACACAUGCAGCUUCCAGGCAAACAACAAGCCCCGCCUCUCCCUGGUCUACCUCAUCGUGCAGGUGCCGGCCAGAAUUGUGAACGUAUCGAAGGACGUCUCGGUGAGCGAGGGGGAGAACGUGGGCUUGUUCUGCCUGGCCGUGGGUCGACCAGAGCCCACCAUCACCUGGAAGGAGCAGAAGUCCGGCCUGAUGAAUGAGGGGGAGUUCCUGGACAUCACGGAGAUCAAGAGGCAGCAGGCAGGCGAGUACGAGUGUGUGACCAACAACGCUGUGGCCCCUCCCAGCAAGCACAAGGUCAAGGUGGUGGUCAACUACCCGCCCCUGAUAACAGAUGUGAAGAACAUGCCCGCCCAGCUGGGGAAGACGGCCAUCCUGCGUUGUGAGGCCAUGGCUGUUCCUGCCGUCCUGUUUGAGUGGUACAGAGACGACCGCAGACCGGUAGAGAGUGACAACACAUUGAGGAUCAAGAAUGAAAAGACUCGCUCUCUGCUUCUGUUCACCAACGUGACGGACAAGCACUUCGGCAACUACACCUGCUUUGCCUCCAACCGCCUGGGGGCUGAUAAUGCCAGCAUGCUGCUGUUCCGACCAGGAGCAGUGUAUGGGCGUGGUGUGAGUCUGUCUGCAGGUGGGAGCUUGGCUGUGUGGGUGUGCCUGGCCCUGACCCUCCUGUUGAGGGCCUGAAGUGUCCGUUCACCCAGGAAGGAACAAGAUGAUUUAAUUACGAACCCAUCACUGUGAACAAAAAUAAUUAUGCAUUAUUCAAGGAGCCAUUUACACAUCACAUUCAACCACCUCCCCCCAAUCCCCCCGCCCCUCCCAGACCCCUGUCCCCUCUGACAACCCCUCACCUUAAUUUGUCUUUCCCCUGCUGCCAGUGAGGGCUACUAUAAUAAAGUCAAUAGUGUUUUUAUUAAAACCUAGAGCUCACAAACAAUAAUGAAGAGCUUGUGUAUUACUAUAAUGUGAUUAUAUUUACGGUACGUAAGCUGAGAUAAUUAUAAUAUAAUUGGGCUCUCAACGACAUGCCAGUUAUAACUGAUAAAAUAGUAACAAUGUUUAUGACUAAAAGUGAGACAGUGAUGAUCAUGUGACCUCCCUUUUGAUUGGACAAUUGGCCUUGUGACCUCUGACCCUAACCCCAUAGGUGAUCUGACCUUGUACGGAGCAACGCGGCACGGCUGCUAUGAAUGAUGUCACAACCCACGAGGGUGGGGGGUGAGGGCCCCCCCUCCUCCUGGAGGACGACCCCUGACCCCCCACUCUUACGUAACACCCCCCUCGCCGUGCGCUGCUCCCCCUGCCUCCUCCCCUCUUCCCCUCCCGCCCCUCAUCUGUGUUCCACUCCUCUCGUGUAAAUAUAUAUGCAGUACAGAGUCCAUUCCCCGGCCGCAUCAGCGACCGGCAAAACUACAUUACCCAUAACCCCCCACGCUGUGUUCGCCAAACCAGGAAGAGACUGUGAAACACCACGGUCUCCGGUUUCCUGUUCCGGAGCAGUGAUCCUGUCCACCUCGUCGCUUGUUGAUAGCAUGUACCGGUUAGAAAUGUUCCUGUCCUGACCCCACUCCACCCCGAUGUGUUGAUGCCCUCUGCAAGGUUAAUUGCUAUUACUUUUUUGGUGUUGAUAAUAAUACUGAUGAUGACGUUCAUAGGUAUUUGAAUAAUAUGAAUAUUAAUUCUAUGUCAGAAAAAAAAUGAAAAAGCAGAGCUGAUGACGAUGGGCCUUGUGUGCGAAAAUAUUUUGUACAAAACAACAACAAAAAACGCUCAUCGAUGACGACGAUUAUGUUUUUAAAGUGAUGUGAUCUAUUUUGCCAUGAGAAGCUUUAUAAAAACACUUUGAACAGACACAGUGGAUCAAGGGGAGCAGGCGAUGAAAACUAGUUUAAUUUUUAACUUUUGUAUGUAGUGUUAACUGUAUAACCCAUAAACAUCUUCAUGCAUCAUUCACUGAUGCUUUGAUCCAAAAUGGGGGGGGGGGUAUCUCUACACUAAGCUAUACCCAACUCAGUUAGGAGCAUCUAACCCCCCCCCCACACACACACACCUGUCAGUCUCUCUCUCUGUCUCCCCCACACCUCUCCCUCUCUGUCUCCCCCACACCUCUCCCUCUCUGUCUCCCCCACACCUCUCCCUCUCUGUGUCCCCCACGUCUCUCUGUCUCCCCCACACCUCUCCCUCUCUGUC